CCAUGCAACCACACAACCACAGAACAGUUCUGCGCAUGUAGUUCACGUCGCACCAUAGACGUAUUGCUAUUGCUUAAUUUAGUCUAACAUUCCCAUGAGCCUCGUGAAUAAUUCGAUUGCUCAUGUCUGUAUGCCCGCGGACUGAUCCAGGAUCUGUUUUUCAACACUGUCUAGGGUCGACUACUAUGUUUUGAAAAGCUUUAGCUGAUCUGAAGCCCGCGCAAGAAUGAAGUUACACCGAUGAGCUGGAGCAACCAGGAAAUAGACUGCCAUCUGUUUGGGAAAUGUGCAAAUAUUUUGGCACUGCUAACUAUAUAGGCUACACAAGUAUUCAGGUUAAAUUAUUUGUCAAAUUAUUAGUAGGCCUACAUCAUGUCCUCCGAGGCGGUGUUAACUGUUCGUCUAGUGAGAUCAUUUGAGCAUCGCAACUUCAAACCUGUGGUCUUCCGAAACGUAAAUCUACACCAGACAGUAGAGGAAUUCAUUGCAUUUGUUAAAAACGAUAUCUCUACAAGAGCAGGAUUACCUCCCCCCUUCAAGAAAUUCGAAUAUGACACAAUGAAGAUUAUUCACCAGGCACAUGGAGCAAAGACCAAUGAAUUAGUGAUGAGCUUGGAAGACGACGACAAGCUUCUGUUGAAAGAGGGCAUCAGCCUACUAGUUGCAGGAGUUGCCAAUGAAACUGAAUUGGGUUUCUUCCGGAAAGAAGAUUAUGAAAACUUCAAGACAAAUCCUAAAACAGUCUGGUGACACACAAAAGCUUCACUGGAGAGUGAGAAAUAGCAUAUGUGAUGCAAACACAGAAGAAAAUGACAAAGCAGUGACUUGGGUUCUCCAAAAUAUGGAGAUGGUAACACAGAAAAGGACUCCCAGUUCAACAAAUUUUAUUUUAAGGACAGCUGCCAACGUACUUCAGUUUUAAUGAUCUGUUCCACUCCCCUUGGGGAGGAGCUAUGUUAAAACAUGAUUUUUAAAAUAAAAUAAAUGUCUUCAAGAAUUCAGAUUUGCAUGUGUACAUUUUCACUUUACAAACAAACCCUUUGAGUUCAAGGAACAAAACAGUUAAGAAAGCAUUGCCUUUAUUGCUUGAUAGGAAUAUUCAAAUACACUUGUAGAAAUAGGUUUCCAGUGUUUGAGAUGACAAAUGAGGUGAAAUGGCAGUCAGUGUUUGAGAUAUGACAAAUGAUGUAAAAUGGCAGUCUGUGUUUUUCAUUUAAUCUUUAAAACAAAUAAAGAAUUUAAGGAAAUGCUGA